AUAUGGCAAUGCUGUCAUUGCACUGGCAACGAUAUGUGCAAGACGUAUAUACAAAAUCAGAAAAUUGAUAAAAUUCGAAUAAAAACAUGAAAAUUAUUACAAACCAUUGAUAACGCACAAAACUCACUUACCACCGCCAAGCACCAAGCACAAUACCACAAACAUAAGCAGCGGGUAGCGAGCGCACGCAUACAAACACACACGUAACGCCAACAAAAUGCACGAAGCAUCGAUGACGUCGCUGGAAGGGCUACUCAACGAAUUCUAUCAGCCAAGUACGAGCAAUGCCCGCAAACGUGAAAUCGAGACUAAUCUGCUGGCAUUUAAAUCACAGCCGGAGGCCUGGCAGCUCUGUCUGCGUGUGGCCACGGCCAGCAAUAGCUUCACCGAAAAUCAAUUCCUUUGGUUCUUUAGCACCUCCACCUUGGAGCAUACCAUAACACGUCGCUGGAGUCAGCUGUCUAUCGCCGAUCGUACGCAAUUGCGCGAAACACUUUGGAACCACUAUGCGCAAUUGCAUGUAUUGAAUGGCGCACGUCGUCAUCGAGAUACGCUGGCCCAGUUGAUAUCGCUGCUGGGCAAGCGUGAGUUUCCCGAUCAUGAUCCCAACUAUAUGCAACAUUGCAUGGAGUUGAGCAAGACACGCUUCAUCCUGGGCAUCAAUCUGUUGCGUGUAACGUCCGAGGAAGUUGCGAGCAAUCGUGGCGACAUGACUAACGAUUGGAAGCAAUAUUUUCAUUCUUGCGUUUCCAUGUGUAUACCCGAUGUUAUGGACCUGCUCACCAAAUAUUUACUAAUCGCCGUCUGUCAUGUGAAUGGCAAAGAUAUAUACACAACCAUACCCAGCAACUUUAUGGAUUACACUCUAACCUCAUCGCUGCCCAAUGACAAUCAACUAAGUUCCUCUUUGCAUGAGCUGCUCACCUGUGUGCAGCAUUUGGUCUCCUGGAUACGCACCGAUCUCAUUUCGGAAUACUUUCUGAUGAGCAUACUCGAUUUAUCGCAGUGGCGUCAGGACAGAGAGCUUAUCUCGCUAGCUGCGCUCUCCGUGCUCAACGAGCUUCUAUAUUUGCAAAAACCGCUGCCAUAUACGGGCACGCUCAUGAGCGGCGUUAGUGGUCUGCUGGAGCUGCAUAAUCGCACCAAGCAGCAGAGCGAAAUGUAUACCGAUAAGUUGCGAGAAUUGUUGCGUCUAUAUAGUGGCAAAUAUGCGGGCAAACUGUAUCAGCAACCGGAGCUGUUUGAGCCAUUUAUAGAUCUACUCUAUGCCUGUACCACCAAAUUGCACGGUGCUUUGGACUUUACGGAAAAGCUAGAGAUCUGGGGGCCCAUAAUCAAGGUCAUUGGUCAGGAUCCCCGAAACAUAAACCAGCAUCAAAAUGAGAUUAUGACCAAGCUGGUUGAAGAAAUAAUGCGACGCACACAAUUCGAGUUGAACAAGCCCGAGCUGGAGCUGCUCGACAAUGAGCUCAUGGAGGACUCUACUCCCGUAACCGAGUGGCAGCAGUUUUUGGAUCAGUGCUUCGAGACUUUGGCCUUGCUGGCCAAUUCGCGUGGUAUACAUUUGGUAUUUGCACAGGUUUUUGCGCACUGGUCACGUCCGCAGACGUAUUUGUUGUCGCUGGAGCUGGCGCUGGAGAGUGGCAGUGGGCGUUGCUAUGAGGCGGCGCGCAAGCUAAAGACGGCAAAUGUGGGCGAAAUAUUGCGCGACUUUGCCACCGUUUGCCAGGCGGUUGUGCGUCUGGCGCCCAUGAUGGACACUAGCGUGGCGCCGGCGCAGCAUGUAGCACAAAUCGAGAGUCAACUGCAAGUGCUGUCGGAGCGUUUGAUACAAACGCUGCAGUUGCUCGCUAGCAAUCGCAUGGGCAGCGACGGUCGAGACAAGGCCACGACACGCACGGAUUUGGAUAAUCUAUUUGCACAAGUGCUAUUGGCCAUACGCAGCGUCUUGCCGCUCUCCAAGACGCUCAACAGCGAGCCGCAGCUGCGACGUCUGUUUACCAUAAUGGGCACAAUAUUUUGUUGCACGCCCUCGCGUUGUGCUGCGCCCUCGUUGCUGGUGCAGCAAGCGGCCAGCGAACUGUUGGUCUUCAUCUCGACAUCGAUACGACCCAAAUAUCUGCUCGAGAUACCCGAGGUGCAGGCCAUAUUGCAUCAAUCGUCGCGUUUGGAGACACACCUGCCGCGUCUGGUGUGCAACAAUAUGCACAUAAGUCUAUUGAGUUGCAUGGUCCUGCCCUGGCCCGGUGUCCCGGACAGUGCCCAGGACUAUGAGCGUCGUCAGUGGAUGUUGCGCGAAUAUAUUGAAGGUCUAUCUGGCGAAUUCAUGCUGCUCGAUUUGGCAACCAAUGCGGAGAGCAAGGUGGCCAACUGCGCUAUCGACUUGUUGGACAAGCUAACGACGCUCGUGGCGUACUUUAAGGCUACGGGCAAUCAAGCCAAAGAUAUGCUGGCAAGCACAUUUAAGCCCAUAUUGAACAAGGCGCUGUUGAUAUUGAAUAGCUAUGGCCUGAGCAGCAUUGCCAUGGCCUUAAUCAUCGCCGAGUUCAGCUUGGGCAUGCUGCGCACACUGCCCACGCAGCUGGGCAAGGAUUUUGUAAAAGAGAUGAUCGUUCUAUUCAUAGAUGUUGGCACCAGAGCACCACUAACGCUUAGUCGCCUCGCAGUCAUGGAGAAGGUGCUGCAAAUGUUUAAAAUAAUCGUGGAGCUGCCUGGCAGCGAUCUAUUGUCCAAUAUAUUAACCUUCAGCACGGAGCAAAUAUUGCCAAUGUUGCAGCAACAAGAUGCUGAGAUGGAUAACAGUGACAUAACCAGUUUGCUCUACGAGCUUUUCGACAGCAUUUUAACCUGCAAGUGGCAAUUCUUCUAUAAAAAUCAACUUAGCAACGGCAGCGAGUUGAACGGCGGCAGCAAUUUCAAUUGCAGCGAUAAUUUGCAUCCAAAUUAUUUUAUUGCCAUCAUGCAUGCGUAUGGGCAAAUGCUGGUGAGCGGCAAGGAUACGGGCACUGUGCGCCAUGUGCUCGUCUCGAUGCAGAAUGUGAAUGAACGCAGUCGUUUAUAUCAGCGUGCAUUGUUCAAGGAGGCGCUGUUGGCUUCAUUUCAACGUGCGCUGCUCAAUUUGCUGCUCAGCGGCGAGGGCUCGCUGCAUUUGGAGUUGAUAGCACAAACGCUAUACGCCAUGGGUCAGGUGGAUCGUCGCCAGUUGCUGGAGAGCAUGAUGAAUGCAUCGAUGCCAGUGCCGCAGACAACGCUCGAGGAAAUUUGCCAGGCAACAGACAUUCCAACGUUUACGACAAAGUUGACGCAAGUUAUUCAGGAUGUGCACUGUAGGCAGCGCAAUGAGACAUCAUAGGAAUCACUGAGCGAAAGCCUUCUCGAAGUGCUUCAACUGGGAAUUUAGAUUUAUGAAUGUAUGAAUGUUCUCUCUCUGUGUGUGUGCAUGUGCGUGUGCGUGUGUGUGUGUCUAUCACAUAAUUAUAUAUACUAUAUGUAUUUGCCAUACUAUUUGACAUAUUGUGUUCAUAUUGCUCAUGACUAUGGCCAAACUAAGCCUUCAAUUUAUUUUUUCUGUUAAACUAUUCGCCAGACACGCACAUAGAAAAUGUUAAAGCAAAUUAAUGGAUUAUUAAAUAGUCUUGAUUGCUUACAUAUAUUUUUUUUAAAUUAUUUGCAAACCCAAAAACUAAAAACUGACUAAGCUUAA